UUAUUGACAACCAAUAACACAAGACAAAGAACAGACCAGAGUGUUAAUCUGAUACUAUAAAAACUACAGUCCUUGUGAACAGCAGUGUGUCUUCUUCAAGGCUACAAAUUAAAUCAGUUUCAUUACAUUUAUCAAUACUCUCCCCAAAUGUUCUCAAGGUAGGUUGUAUUAUGAUGUCAUAUGUUCUUCACAUUCUACUGAAUGUAUAUUCCAUAGAACCCUGCCUCCUGACACAGUAUCCUGUAUCUGACAUAGAGCCCAAUGCUGGUUAUCACAAACAAUGAAAAUAAUCAUUUGAUCAGAGAAAGACCAAUAACAAAACAACAUUAUUUAUGAAGUUAACCAGAUCUCAUUGGUGCCCACAGUCCCUACAUGAGGGAGGCUUGAGUGACAGGAUAAAUCUGAUUGGUCCUGUUUGUUCUGUAUAUAGUGAUGUAGUCUAACACACAGAACUCACCUCUCUGUUUUACACCAUAGUCUCAGGAUCACGGUAUUUACAACAAGAGACCCAGGAGGACAAGCUGAAGAGGGAGGCAUCAGCUGGUGAGCUUGAGUUGAAGAUGUUUAAAGAUAUGACGAAACAACUAAAGGAGAAAGACACACAACUGGAUGAUAUGACCCAGGAAGUGAGAGAGAAAGAGAGACUCCUGGAGGAGAAGAACCAGAUAAUGGAACAGAGGGAUAAACUAUUAGAAGAGAAAGAAAACCAACUGGAAGAGAAAGACAAGCAACUAAAGGAUAGAGACAUUCAACUAGAGGCUCUGAGAAAGAACCUGCAGGACAAGAACAGCCAAGUAGAGAACUUCAGAGUCCUACUGCAGGAAAAAGACCUUCAACUAGAGGACAGGAAACACAGACUGGGAGAGAAGGACAGACUACUGGAAGAGAGAGACAAACAACUGGAAGAGAGAGACAGACGACUGGAAGAGAGAGACAGACGACUGGAAGAGAGAGACAGGCGACUGGAAGAGAGAGACAGACGACUGGAAGAGAGAGACAGACGACUGGAAGAGAGAGACAAACGACUGGAGGGAAAAGAAAAUGAACUAAAAGAGAGGAGACAGGAAGUAAAAGAGAGGAGACAGGAAGUAGAAGAGAAAGACAACCUAAUAGAGGAGAGAGAGAACCAGUUAAAGGAAAGAGACAAACAGGUGGAGGAUGUCAACAAUGAAAAUGCUGAACUGGCUCAACAGAUAUGUGAUGUGAAGACUGAGGUAGAGAGACUGAGAAGAGAGAUCUCAGCCCAGAUGACUGAACAUGGAGAGACGUCAGAAACAGGUUCCAUACUCCCAGUCAGAAGGAGAGACAGCCUGGACCUUCCUCCAUCCAUGGGAGGAGAGACCUCAGAUACAGACCCCGCAAUUCCACCGAGGAGCACAAACAGCAUGGAGUUACCUCAUCCAUAUAUGGGAGGAGAGAGCAGCAGUCCAGACUCCCCAGUGUCUCCCAAAUAACAGAACUGGAGAGACCUGUGAAAGAAGAGGAGUACUGGGGGAAGAAAUACAAAAAACCUUUGUCUGACAUAUCAAAAUGUGGAGUGUUUUCCCAUUGGAAAGACGUCGCCCAGAUGUCCUUUGGGUGGUGGACCAUUCUUGAAACACACAGGAAUCCCAACAGUGUUGCAGUUCUUUACACAAGCCAGUGCUCCAUGCACCUGUUACCAGACCCCGUUCAAAGACAUUUAUAUAUUGUAUCUUGCCCAUUCACCCUUUGAAUGGCACACAAACACAAUCCAUGUCUCAACAUCCUUCUUUAACCUUCUUCCUCCCCUUCAUCUACACUGAUUGAAGUGGAUUUAACAAGUGACAUGAAUAAGGGAUCAUAUCUUUCACCUGGAUUCACCUGGUCAGUCUAUGUCAUGGAAAGAUCAAGUGUCCUUAAUGUUUUGUACACACAGUGUAUGUCUACAGUGACUUGAUGAGUAAUACAUUAGAUUAUUGUUCUGUUGCUGUUGAGACAACUGUUUUGUGUUAGAGAGGAGACUAGUUAGAGACAACUGUUUUGUGUUAGAGAGGAGACCAGAUAGAGACAACUGUUUUGUGUUAGAGAGGAGACUAGUGAGAGACAACUGUUUUGUGUUAGAGAGGAGACUAGUUAGAGAGACAACUGUUUUGUGUUAGAGAGGAGACCAGAUAGAGACAACUGUUAUGUGUAGGGGUUAGAGAGGAGAGUAGUUAGAGACAACUGUUUUGUGUAGGGGUUAGAGAGGAGACUAGUUACAGAGACAAUUGUUUUGUGUAGGGGUUAGAGAGGAGACCAGAUAGAGACAACUGUUUUGUGUAGAGGUUAGAGAGGAGACUAGUUAGAGACAACUGUUUUGUGUAGGGGUUAGAGAGGAGACUAGUUACAGACAACUGUUUUGUGUAGGGGUUAGAGAGGAGACUAGUUACAGACAACUGUUUUGUGUAGGGGUUAGAGAGGAGACUAGUUACAGACAACUGUUUUGUGUAGAGGUUAGAGAGGAGACUAGUUAGAGACAACUGUUUUGUGUAGGGGUUAGAGAGGAGACUAGUUACAGACAACUGUUUUGUGUAGGGGUUAGAGAGGAGACUAGUUACAGACAACUGUUUUGUGUAGAGGUUAGAGAGGAGACUAGUUAGAGACAACUGUUUUGUGUAGGGGUUAGAGAGGAGACUAGUUACAGACAACUGUUUUGUGUAGGGUUUAGAGAGGAGACUAGUUACAGAGGCAAUUGUUUUGUGUAGGGGUUAGAGAGGAGACCAGAUAGAGACAACUGUUUUGUGUAGGGUUUAGAGAGGAGACUAGAUAGAGACAACUGUUUUGUGUAGGGGUUAGAGAGGAGACUAGUUACAGACAACCGUUUUGUGUAGGGGUUAGAGAGGAGACUAGUUACAGAGACAACUGUUUUGUGUAGGGGUUAGAGAGGAGACUAGUAACAGAGACAACUGUUUUGUGUAGGGGUUAGAGAGGAGACUAGUUACAGAGACAACUGUUUUGUGUAGGGGUUAGAGAGGAGACUAGUUACAGAGACAACUGUUUUGUGUAGGGGUUAGAGAGGAGACUAGUUACAGACAACUGUUUUGUGUAGGGGUUAGAGAGGAGACUAGAUAGAGAGACAACUGUUUUGUUUAAAGGUUGGGAGAGCAGGCAGAGCCUACUACCACUACUACUACUACUACUACUACCAGUACUACGACUACCAGUACUACUACUACUACUGGUAGUACUACUGGUUCUACUACUAACACUACUACUAAUACUGCUACUUCUACUACUACAUCUUCUCCUCUUGGACAGCAGUUUGAGAAGACCAGAGGAAGUGAUGGGGCAUCAGUCUGAAUGCAGAUGUCCAUAUGACUGGGGCGGCAGGGUAGCCUAGUGUUUAGAGUGUUGGACUAGUAACUGGAAUGGUUGCAAUUUGUGGGGAAUUUAUAUUUGAUGAGACCAUUUUCGAUGUUUAGGGAGGCUAGGUUGUAUCCCAUCUCAAUAUUAGACUGUUUUUUAAUAAAGAUUGUAACGAAAAUCCUGAUAAGAAGAGUUGUAAUUCUGAUAUAGGUUUAAAGGUUAGAUUAAGGUUAAGGUUAGAUUUGAUUAAUAAUGGGUGAAGAGUCGGAUAAACAUUUAUAAUAAUGUUGGUUAUGUGUCUAUUCAUAUGAUAAUCUGGUAAACCUUUAUAAUAAGGUUAAUUAUAUGUCUAUUCGUAUGAUAAAUCUGAUAAACCUUUAUAAUAAGGUUAGUUAUAAGUUUGUUCAUAUUUUUGUUUUUUUAUGUUUGAUAAAAUUAGAUGUAGAUUUGAAUGUAUAAUAUUUAAUCAAAGGGAGGAUUGUUGGAGGAAAUUAUAGUUGAAAUGAUUAAUUAUGUAUACAUUUAAAUUAGAACCAUUUAUUUUAAUACUAUUAUGUUAUGGUAUGAAAUGUAUGGGUUCUUGGUUAAGCUGUUACUGAAAAUGUAAGUAAAACAAAUUAAUUGUCUGUACCUUGCGGGUUUAAGGGAGAUGGAUGGCAUAUAACUUUUCAGACAGAUAAGAAUGUUUGUUUGAUGUUCCAUUAGUGGAGAAAAGUAUAUAUUGUAGACCGAUUGGAAUGUUUGUUUUAUGAGGGGAGUAGAAGACAAUUUCCAGACCUGAAGACACUGCGCUAUUGUGUGGAUCGGAGAGGGUGUGAGAAACUGAUGACGUCAUUUUAUGUUCUCUCCUUAUUAAAAUGUAAUGUUCUUUGUAUUUUGAGUCAGUACUCAUCAAGAAUAAAUGCUGAACUUGUUUUUAA